GGAGAAGAGAGAGUUGAACUUCAUGUCACAGUGCCACUGUUGAGAACAAGACAGAAGAAAGAGAGACGGAGGAGAGAGAUACCAUUGCAAAGUUUGCAGAAAGCAUAUUAAGAUUGGUGGUGGAAAAAAUUCAUUGCCAGAAGCAUUGAAGCUUAUUUAAGGGGCACUAAAUUGACCUACGUUGAUUAUAUUUUCUGCUUUAACUUAUAAAGAGGCUAAAGAUUUAUUUUAAAAAGACUUUUAGUGCUUUGUCUCGUCUGUGUGUAUCUGCAUAUGUAGAUGUUGGUUUAAAAUAAGUUUUCCCGUGCUUGUGUCAUAAUCCCCCUUGUCCCAAGACCAAUGGCGUGGUUUCCUUAAUAAUAUCAGGCUGCUUUACAAAAUAGAAAAGAACUCCUGGCUGAACAUAAGGAUACAGUAUAGUUAUCCUUACCAUAAAUUAGAUCAUAACCCACCCAACUUGGGGAACCAUCAUGACAAGGGGCUGUGCUCUCUGGAGGGUUCUGGGGACCGUAAGUCCCAAAAGGCAACUUUUCCAAGCUGUGUGCUCAUAGUUGAAGCUGUUUUGCUACCGAGGAAAGUUUAUGCUUAGGCUAAAGAGCCUUCGACAGAGAGGGAUUACAAUCUCCAAUCAGUCGAGGCAGCAUGAGGUUCUUCAGCCCAGGCCAAGAUUAAAUGUGAGGGGGCUGGCAGCCUGUACAUUUGUUCUUAAAGAAUAUAUGAGUAGCACAGCACUAAGCAGCACCCUCCUGAGCAUUCUCGUGGCAGUACAUAACAUUGCAGCAAGCUUAAUUUCCUGCGGACACAACCUCCAUAUCAAACAAAGCUUCCAAUUUUUGGUUACUUGCUGGUUUUAUUCCAUGCUGGUUUUCAAAUAAUACCCUCAUACUCUGCCUGUUUCAGAAGCUAACUUUUCUUGCUGCACUUGGUAAAAUCCAUCAGGAGUGCCUUCUCCUCACAAAGCACAGUUAAGCUGUUGAAUUUGGUGCCGCAUGAAGUGGUAUUUGGCCCUGGUUUGAUCAUUUGGAAGAGAGAAGUUAGGUAGAUCUGUGCGGGAUAGGUCUGUCAGGCAUAAUAAUGGUGUGCAAACAUCCUUGAGUAAAUUGUAUUUGUUGGAAUCUUGAAAAGGAAAGUAUCUUGUUAGUGAAUGGGAAGACCUCAAAUACACCACAACAUUUUAUUAAGAUGCCUACUGUAUAUUACGAGUGAUAGAUAUUUGGGGACUGGGUGAGUUUAGUCCACUACUCUGAGUUUAUAGGAAGUGGCACUUAGCCAUUGCUCAUGAAGUAGGAGGUUUUUUAAAGCUGGACCCCAAAUUAAUUGCCAAGCCAAAGCUGGGUGUGAAGUUAGCAACAUGCUCUCUAUAGUAAAAUAAUUUAUUCAUGUAUUACUUGAGCUUGGUAGGAGUUGAAGUACUGGCCAAGGACUCCUGGCUCGCAAAAUGUUCCUUCUAGGAAAAGGGCCUUCAUUACUGAUCAGGGAGCUGGCCAGCCAGGAAGACUGUCUAGCCGCUGCUUCCUUUAGCAAAGAAGACAAUCUGGGGAGCAAAACUGCAGCAACAAAAACACCACAUCCAAAGUGUUAGAACUGCUUUGUGGCCGGAACAAGUUUGUAGUAUGUUUUGACAGAAGAUCAUUUUGACCCAGGAACAAAGUGUUUAUAUAUAUAUUUCAUUUUUGGCUUGGAAAUUUUAAUUCCAAAGUAUCCGCUAUUUGCACACCGGUGUGUUUCAAGUUUGGUGUUGUUUUCUUAAAAAGACAAUUGACUUGAAAAACGAUCAUGGCCUUAGAUGUGUUAGAACAUGGCUGGUGCAAUGGGGACAAUUUUGUCUCGUAAUCCUCUUUGCUGGGGCUUUGUCGCCCUUUCAGAGCCUGGUAAUCUGGGCCAGAAAGGUGGAAGAAAUUAAAGCACAAAUGUGCUAUGGGGUUAAGCUUGGCAUCUUUGGAGAUUAAUCACACACAGACUGUAGCCAGCCCCAUGAGCUCCCGGUGACGAGGGCUGUGGUUUUAUAGCUCAUGACUCAUCGGCUCGACGGAGAGCGACCGUGUUAUUCCAGUAGAUUGCAAAAUCAUAACAGGAAUGCCGUGGAUGGUUUACGGCUCAACUAUGCAAAUCGCCAGGAAGCCAUUUGAGCCGGAGAGCGUAAGACACGCCGAGCUGCGAUGGCAGAGCUGUGAAAAGGCACCCAGGGCACCAGGAGGAGCAGCAGCAACAGAUGCCCCGUAGCAGCCAAGACGAAAAGGAUGAAAAAGAAAAAGAGAAAGAUAUGGAAAGGGAAGAAGAAAAGCCAGAAGCUGAGAAUGACAAAGAGGAACUGACAAAGGAGAAGAACGAGGACACAUCUGGUGAAGACAAUGAUGAAAAAGAAGCCAUUGCUUCCAAAGGGCGCAAAACUGCCAACAGCCAGGGCCGACGCAAGGGUCGCAUCACCCGCUCCAUGGCCAGUGAAGCCAACAAUGAGGAAGUGGCUGCUCCCCAACAGAACUCAGAAUUUGCCACUUUGGAGAUGAAUGAAAGUUCUCGCUGGACGGAGGAGGAAAUGGAAACUGCCAAAAAAGGUCUCCUUGAACAUGGACGCAACUGGUCAGCCAUUGCCAGGAUGGUGGGAUCCAAGAGUGUCUCACAGUGUAAAAAUUUCUACUUCAACUACAAGAAAAGACAGAACCUGGAUGAGAUCCUACAGCAGCACAAACUGAAAAUGGAGAAAGAAAGGAAUGCUCGCAGAAAGAAGAAAAACCCUGCUGCCCAAAACGAGGAGGCGGCUUUUCCUCCAGUGGCUGAAGAUGAGGAGAUGGGGCAAGAUGGAUCAGGCACCAGCGGCAAUGAGGAAGAGAUGGCUGAGGAGGCAGAAGCUACAGUAAAUAACAGUUCAGACACAGAGAGCCUUCCUUCUCCUAAACCUGAAGCCAAAGAAAACACAGAAGACGGGCUCAGGCUCAGCCCUGAGGCCAAAAGCAACGCUGAUGAAGAACUAGGUGUCAAACUGGAAGGAGCCACUAGCUCCUCAGAAGCCAAUUCUGUUGCUCCUGUCAUCCAGUCAUCUGAGGAAGCCACCAUCAAGCCAACUGGAAGUGAAGACGCUCCACAGGAAGAACCAUCAGUCGAUGUGUUGAAAACCAAGGAGACAGAGGAAAAGCCCAAGAGCCCAGAGCCUGAUGGGGAGGACAUCAAAAUGGAGGACACUAAAGAUGGUCAGGAAAAGGACCAGGCCAAUGAGGCCCAAGCGGAGAACAGCAGCAAUAUAUCAGGGACUGAGGGAGCAGGGAAGCCAGAGAAAAAGGAGAGCCACAAAAUUGGGAAAACUGGAGGAGCUAAUGCUGACAGUGAUUCCAGUGCUACCUGCAGCGCUGAUGAGAUGGAUGAACAGGAAGCUGGAGACAAAAACAAGUUGCUCUCUCCCCGGCCCAGUCUCCUCAAUGCCACUAAUGAGGCCCGGCUCAAUUGCUCACCUCAGAAGCCGCUAGACUUGAAGCAAUUGAAGCAAAGAGCUGCUGCCAUCCCACCCAUUAUUUCAGAAGAGCACUUGGAGGGAGCCUUGCAGAGUGGAAGCAUGAAGUCCCAGGUGCCUCCCCAUGCUUUGGCCCUUUACCAGCAGCAGAUCACGAUGGCCCAUGAGUCUGCCCGGGGGGACGCAGCCCAGAGCAGGCAAUCCCAGCUGCCUCCCCAACAGCAACAGCUGCAGCCAGGAAGGGAGCCCCCACGGAGCAGCAGCCCCAGUGCCCAGCACAGAAGCCCUACUGCUCUCGAGAGAGAUGAGAAAACAAUGCAUUUCCACUCCCUCCCAGAUGGGCAGAAGCUUGGUGGGGAGCCGGUCAUCACUACCUGCUGGCCUCCGUACCAAGGAUCAUCAAGGGAUGUGAUCCGAAGCUCCCCACACGCUGAACCCCAUGUGUUUCAGUACAACCCCCCAGGUCACCCAGUCUCUUUAAACGUCCACGAGAGCUCUCGCCCCUCCCUUCAAAGAAUGUCCACCAUCUCGAACCCCCCUCCUCUCAUCUCCACCAAACAUCCCUCGGUCCUUGAAAGACCCCUUGGCUCUAUUUCUCAGGGAGUGCCUCUCCAGCUUCAGACUCCCUACAGCUCUGAGCAUGCAAAAGUCCCCAUUGGCUCUAUGGCUAUGGGUCUGCCUUCAGCGAUGGACCUCAAAAAGCUGGCCCCUUUCCCUGGAGUAAAGCAAGAGCAACUCUCUCCUCGGAGUCAAGCUGGUCAACCAGAAGGCUUGGUUGUGCAGACAUCGCAAGAAAGCUCUGUUCUCCGGGGUACGUCCAUGGGCUCCAUGUCGGGAGGAAGCAUCACAAAAGGCAUCCCCAGCACAAGGCCACCUUCGGACUCUCCCAUCACAUAUCGAGGCUCCAUCACGCAUGGCACCCCAGCCGAAGUGCUGUACAAAGGAACCAUUACGAGGAUAAUUGGAGAAGACAGCCCCAGCAGAGCCGAGAAAGUGAGAGAAGAUGCCUUGCCCAAGGGACAUGUCAUUUACGAGGGGAAGAAGGGACAUGUCCUGACCUACGAUGGUGCCCUUGCUACUGUGCAGUGCCCCAAAGAGAACAACAGACACCUUGGCACCUCACACGAGACCGCUAGCACCAAACGGACUUACGAUAUGAUGGAAGGGAGGGUCCCACGUGUUUUACCGGGACACGAGCUAUCAUCGGCUAGCAUCGAAGGUCUCAUGGGCCGAGCCAUCCCACCAGACAGGCACAGUCCCCUCAACAUAAAAGAACCACAUCACAUCCGGGGCUCUAUCACCCAAGGUAUACCUCGAUCCUAUGUGGAGGCCCCCGAGGAUUACCUCAGAAGAGAAGCCAAACAACUCAAGAGAGAAAGCACACCGCCAAGGGACCUCUCUGAGGCCUACAAGGUCAGGACUCAUGAGAGCCUCACCCCUUUGAAAACGAAACCGGGGCAUGAAGGCCACAUUGCCACUGUGAAGGAAGCAGGACGAUCGAUCCAUGAGAUUCCCAGGGAGGAACUGAGGCGCACACCCGAUGUCUCUCUGAUGACAAGACCCGUCAAGGAAGGAUCUAUUACCCAGGGCACCCCCCUGAAGUAUGACAACAGCCCUUCCGCAAGUGCCAAAAAGCAUGAUGUCCGAUCCAUUAUUGGGAGCCCUGGGCGGACCUUUCAUCCCGUGCAUGCGAUGGAUGUCAUGCAGGACCCAAGGACUCUGGAAAGAGCCUACGAUGAGAGCUUGAAAAGCAGGCCCAGCCUUGUGGCAAACCCGGGCGGUUCCAUUACAAGGGGAGCCCCUGUGAUUGUGCCAGAGCCUGGGAAGCCUCGCCACAGCCCCCUCGCCUAUGAAGACCACCCGUCAGCCCACGGGGCAGCUUUCGGCAGCCACUUGCACCGAGGGUCUCCAGUGUCCACAAGGGAACCAACCCCACGACAGCAUGAAGGAAACAUCACUGCUGGAAAGCCCAUGUCCCAGGACAGAAAGAUCACCCCAACACCAAGGGAAAUGGCCAGUUCCAAGUCUCCUCAUGCUACCCUUGCGGAACACCAUCACCCCAUGUCUCCCUAUGAGCACUUGCUCCGCGGCGUCAGUGGCGUGGACCUUUACCGGGGACACAUUCCAUUGCCCUUCGACCCUGCGGCCAUCCCCAGGGGAAUCCCCCUGGAAGCAGCAGCUGCUUAUUACCUACCGAGACACCUGGCUCCUAGUCCAACUUACCCCCACCUGUACCCGCCAUACCUCAUCCGUGGCUACCCGGACACCGCCGCCAUGGAAAACCGGCAGACUAUCAUCAAUGACUACAUCACCUCCCAACAGAUGCACCACAAUGCUGCAACUGCCAUGGCUCAAAGGGCCGACCUGCUCCGUGGUCUCUCUCCACGGGAGCCCUCCCUAACCUUGAACUAUGCAGCAGCAGGAAUAAUUGACUUGUCUCAAGUGCCACAUUUGCCAGUGCUUGUGCCCCCCAGUCCUGGCACCUCGGCCCCCUCCAUGGAUCGGCUCGCGUACAUUCACAGCACACCCCAGCCUUUCAGUAGCCGGCACAGCAGCUCCCCGCUCUCUCCAGGAGCCCCUACUCACUUGACCAAGCAGAUGGGACCUUCAGUUUCAGAACGGGAGCAAGAACGAGACCGGGAAAGGGAGCGUGAGAAGGAGCGCAAGAAGUCUGUCUUGGCGGCCACGGCCACGGUAGAGCACGCCCCCAUCUGGAGACCAGGUACAGACCAGAGCAGUGGCCGUUCAUCUGCACACUCUCACACCCAGAAACACUCCCCCAUCUCGCCUCGCACCCAAGAGAACAUCCAACAGCGUCCCAGCGUGCUGCACAAUACAAACAUGAAGAUGAUGUCCUCCGAGUGCCUUACCCCUUCAGUUUUACGAUGCUCUUCCUCCUCCUCCUCAAUGACCACUACCACAUCACCAGUUCGCUCCUCAGUCUACUCCUCUACGUCCUCAUUGCGCAGCUCUGUAAGUGGCAUGGAUAACUACCCAUCUGCAAUGGAUGCUGCCCACAUGCAGAAGGAGGCCUCCAGGGCCCAAGAAGCCAAAACAGAACGGCCUCAGACUGACAGCGGCCUGUUCGCCACAAAGCUGCCCACUGGGGCAGGUCUAGAAAAGUCACCUUCGCCCAUUAAAGCCAUGGAACCGCGGCCUUUGGCCAUGUCUGGGCCAGGCUCGUCCCACCAGUAUAGCAGAGGACAGGGGAAAAACCAGCCUCAGCAUCAUGCACCCCUGGACCAGUCGGUGGACACGGUUUCGGCCAGUGAGCAGCCCAGUAGAGAAAAGAGUAAACCCUUUUCAGUACAGGAACAGGAGCUCCGAGCACUCGGUAAGACCACCAUGACAGCGGCCAGCUUCAUAGAUGUGAUUAUCAUGCGUCAAAUUUCUUGCGAUAAGGGGAAGCGAGAGAGAAGCUCGCUAAAUAACGACGCCAAUAGCGAUGGUAUCCAUGGAGGCUACAGCCCCGACGGCAUUGAAGCAGUAAGUCCUGUGAGCUCCCCCAGUAUGCUGCAUGACCGAGGGACAAAGCUUUCCCAGGAUAUGGAGAGAGGACGUGGAGGAGAGCAUGAGCUACGGAUAAAGCAGUCAGGUUCACUCAAGCCUUCUGGAGCCGAAAUGCCCCACAUGCAGCAGCUCCACCAGCUCUCAGAAGGUCGGCAGUCUCCACCAGGCCUGCCGUUCCAGGGAUCGCAGAACACCAAAGGCCACCAGCGGGUUGUCACCCUGGCUCAGCAUAUUAAUGAAGUGAUCACCCAGGACUACACGCGGCGUCACCCCCAGCAGCUCAACUCCCACAUCCAGGCUCCCGUCUACUCCUAUGCUGGGGCUUCGUGUCCUGCGCUUGAUCUCCGGCGAACACCUGGUGAAACCUACAUCCAGCAGCAGCAGCAGCAGCAAAUGCAGCACAUGUCUGCUUCAAGAAUUUCACCAGAAAGCGAAGGAAGCAAAAGGUCUCCCGAGCAAAUCAAAGUGCCUGCUUCUGAAAACUGCAUAGAACCGAUAUCUCCACCAGACGGAAUGGGAGAAUCGGAUCAUGUGCGGAAUGCCGCAUAUCCCAUUAUGUAUCGUGAAGGGGAACCAAUGGACCAAAGGAUGGGCUCCAAAUCUCCAGGAAACAACGUACAACCACCAGCAUUUUUCAGCAAACUGACUGAAAGCAAUUCAGCCAUGGUGAAAUCCAAGAAGCAAGAGAUCAUCAAGAAACUCAGCACAAACAACAGGAGUGAAGCAGAAUACAAUGUUGGACAACCUGGAACAGAAAUUUUUAACAUGCCAGCAAUUACUGGAACAGGGUUAAUCAGUUGUAGGAGCCAGUCGGUCCAAGAAAAUUCCAGUACCAACAUGGGGUUGGAGGCAAUUAUUAGGAAAGCCCUAAUGGGUAAAUAUGACGAGCAGUGGGACGAGCGCUCUCCUCUCAGUGCCAAUGCUUUUAACCCUCUGAAUGCCAGUGCAAGCUUGCCCGCUGCUAUGCCUGUAACUGCUCCUGAUGGACGGAUUGACGACAUGCGUUCCUCCUUGCCAGGAGGAGGGAAGCCAAAGAUUGCUGCCAGAGCCAACAGUCGCAAAGCCAAGUCUCCAGGACCAGGUCUGUCCACAGAGAGGCCACCAUCAGUUUCAUCUGUUCAUUCAGAGGGAGACUGUAACAGGAGGACACCUCUCACCAACCGUGUCUGGGAUGACAGACCAUCAUCUGCAGGUUCAACGCCAUUUCCAUACAAUCCCCUCACAAUGAGGCUGUCGACGGGUAUAGUGACGGCUCCGCCACCAUCUGCCUCCAUUCCACAGGGGAACUCUGGCAGCCAGCACCACGGAUGGGAGGAAGAGCCCAAACCACUCCUUGUCUCACAGUAUGAGACCCUCUCAGACAGUGAAUGAAAACACAGAGGAACCGUGAUGGAGGAAAACGUCAUGAAAAUUAACAGAUCAAUGUGGUGGCUGUUGAGCCAGCCAGGGUAUUAUAAGGGCUCUGGCUCUCUGUCCUGAGCUGUGGCUGCCCUAGAUCAGGCGCAGGAGCAGCAUUGUUCCCAUCUGCUGAUCUUUUUUGUCACAUCUGGAAGGGGUAUUGCAAAUCUCUUCAGCUUCAAGGCCUUAAAAACUACGGCAAGCAAAUGGAACCCAACCCAGUUCUCUUGGCCAUUUUGGUGCUGAUAUCAUCUUGGAACAAUUGUGGCAAGAAAUGAACACAAGUGUAUGUAGGAGGGCAGACAAGGGAAGCCUUGAAGGUUCACCAAGAGACUGGAUCUAGUCACCAAAUCUCAGUUAUUAAUUCUCAGGGGAUUCCAUCUGCUGCACCAGUUCUGUCCUUCUGUCCAAAUGAGGAGAGAAAAGGAGAGAGGAGGCUCAUUGGAAGAAGGCAGUGUGUUUGGUUUGCAAAGCCCUGAUGUGUAUUUCUCAUGUGUUCCCACCUCUGUAACACAUCCUUCUUGUGUGCACUGUUGUGAUCUGUUAAUCCAGUACUUGAAAUAGGAUAUAUUAACUCUUUCUCUCUCUAACUUGUGUUUUAUCAUCACAAGAGGCUGCACCAGUGGAAUUGCAUGUUGGUUGAAUCAGGAAGCAAAUAAGAAUGGCCUUGUGGAGGAAAGGUGUGUUUUUCCCAUUCCUCACAGUUAGUUCUGGCUGUACUCUUCUUAAUGUGUAGUGAUAGAAACUUAAGGGAAAUUGCUUGCCCAGCUGAACUUUUAACAAAUACUGAGGCAAGUAAUAAUGCUUUGGAUGUCGAGGCAGGCCAUGAGGUUGGAAAAUGAACAAGGAGAGAUUUCCCUUGGAAAAAAAGAAUGCUAGGUUUGAAUAGGAAUUGAAAUUGGAAAUACCUUCCCUAUAUGUAGCAUGCAGGCUACAAAUAGAGGUUCGACAGAUGAGGGAGAUGGUACAUUGUUUUGUGAAACAGUGCUGUGUAUAUGGUCUACAGGGUAUAUUUUUGAUACCUUUGGCAAAUGCUGCCAGAUAUUUUUUUGCGCAAGGAAGGACUUUAAAACAGUAUUAUAUGCUGCUUUUCAGUCUCCACUCCUGUACAAAGAAGAUUUUUAUGUUGUGUGCAAGCUUUCGACUGGCUUGUUCAUUGUAUGGAAGUACCAAGAGAUAACACUGUUCUGACAAAAUGGUUCUGUAGUACAAUAGAAUGUAUUAACUUAGUUUUUUUUAAAAAAAAGAAAUAUAUAUAUAAAUAUAUAUAUAAUAUAUUAUAUAUAUAAAAUAUAUUCACAAUUGCAGGACCCUUAUAGCUUAUAGUAAUACUCCAGCAUGGAGGUGACAAUAUUUUUCAAGUGAAUUUGUCUUUUUGGGGAGGAAUGAUAGAGGUCAAGAAACUUGCAGAAAGUUGCAUUUUUCUGCCUCACCCACAAGUUCUCUGGUUUUUCUACAUUUGCAGGCUGGCAUCUAUUUUUGGUUCGGUUCUUUUACCUAGUCAAUACUUUGAUGCUUUCUGAUUUUAAGUGAUGUGAGCAUGGGCACAACGUUUUAGCCUUUGGUUUUCAUCUGUUUCCCCUUUCUACACACACACACACACACGCACACGCACACACAUAGGAUGGCUCUAAAAUAGUGCUGUUGUUGUUUUCAUUCAGCACACUAAAGGAAAAGCACCUGAAAAACAGCUUCUCUGCUGGAAUGGACUGUAACCAUGUUAUCGCACAGAAGUAAUAGGAGACUAUCUCCAGGAAAUGGCAAUAUUACACUUAUUGUUGUGUUAUGUGAGUUUAAUUUUAUGGAAAUGCUUGGUUUUCCCCUUCCUAUCUACUAAAUGUCCCCCAGUUUUUAUAAUAGAAUAGUUUUUUUCUUGUUACAGUGCUUUAAACACAUACAUGAGUAUGCACAUGUAAGCGCUUGAAAUGUUUCAGUCUCUAAAGCACAUACUUGAAAGAAAAUGGAAAUUUUUCUGGGGCAACAUCUGCUGAGAAUCCAUUCCAUUCUUAUCUUUCUGAUCUUAAAAAAAACUUGUGCUGGUAGAAUACAAUUCCACAAUUUAACAAUAUCACUUCCUGGCCUCUGUCCUUGUGUUCUGCAAGGUCGUGCCACUUAGAUUAUUGGAAACUAGGAAGGAUUGAGCAGCAGAUAAUACAUAAUGGCCAGGAAGCUACCUAAAUCAAAAUAGAAGGCUUAGGUGCGCUGCUUGAAAGAAUGGUGUGCAUAAUUCUCCUGACCUGCAAUUCACUGUUCUGAAACCUUUAAUCCUAUUCUGAUGACAGAUUGUGCAAUAAUUCUUUUGAGACAGGAAAAGGGGCACUGUUUAGGAAAGUUAUGUUUUUGGACAAUGCCCAGUCAACAUAAAACAGUGACCACGCUGGCAUGUGACGGGCUGUUUCUAGAAGUUAUCAGCAACAGUGGUCAUCGUUUAAAGUCUGAAGAUGGAACCUUCAGAUCUGACUAGUCAAGAUGGGGCCAAAAGACCUUGAGUAGAGCAAAAUGUCAGUUCAGAUUUUACACCGGUGUAAUGGAUUUGUAAUCUUAAACCUGGAAAAAGCAUCUCAGCCACCAUCAGUUCAUUUAUAAGGUUCUCUUAUAUGAUCAGCCUCAUUUGAAAUCAAAUAAUGCUGGAAAAAUAGAGCAUGUUUCUCCCGCAAACUCAGGAAGAGACAAAUCACCAACAAAUUUCUAUCUUUGGCAGAUGUGUACUUUGAUAUUUUGUCUAGUGCUGAACUCACUGCUGCUUCUCUUUCCAUGGGCCCCUCCAGUUACUGCUUUUCAGACUUGUUCAUGCUGUUUUUUUUUCUUAUGCCAGGAGAGUGUUUAUUUUUGCAACUAGAAGAAAUGUCCCCCUUUUUGGGACUAGAAACCCUCUACCUGUCCCUCCUGCUCAUUUGGCCUUUUUCUCUUCUCAUUCUCUACUGCCACAUACAAGGCAGCAGGAGCACUUGAGCGGUUUAAAGCUCUGCCUGAUCGAAGGAAGCAGCAUGUGGAGUUUUAAUAGAACAGCGGUUUUCAGCCUUUGGCCUGCCAGACGUUUUGGUCUUCAGUGCCCAGAAGCCUCAACCAGCAGCAUGUCCAAUCAUCAGGGGUUCUGGGAACUGAUGUACAAAACCUUGCAAGGCCAAAGCUUGAGAGACACUCAAUCUCUCAGGCCUUCCUUUUUGCCUCUAAGGUAGAUUAGGAAUUUGCUCAGUGUCCAAAAAUAGUAUUGUAGCCUGCAGCCAGAUUUUAAUUAGUUGACAUUAAUUAAUACAUUGGGGGAAAUGAGUCCCAAAAUGUAUACCCAUAGGAUUUCACCAGUGUCGAAGCCAAUUUUCAGAUAGCUAAGAUCCAUGCUGGACACCUGCAUAUGCACUUAAACGCAUGAACACACAAGUCUUUUCAUUAGCAUAGGCAAGGGCAGAAGUCAGGAACCUACGGUGUGUGAGCGCUUCCUGGCCUGUGUGCUCCAAAGUGUGUGUACUGCAUUUCAUACAUUGUAGGAAACACACCCUUCCUUGCCCUUGGUUUAUUUCCAUAGAGGAAAACAUUAUUUAGGAUAGACUAAAUAGCCAUUGUUCUACAGUCAGUAUCUGCCCACCCUUCAGAAAACUUUCUGGUUCACACCGUACACACACAAAAACCAUGCUCCCAUCAUUCUUACCCAUAAAAUCAGAAGUCCUGGCUACAGCAGAACCAUUUGCAGAGAUCAGGUGGGGUUUGCUCACAUUCAACAAGGUUAUGUUCUUUUUAGACUGUGUUCAAUGGGUACAGUUUCACUCAGCCAAACACAUUCAUCGUUUUGGAACAUAAUGCAACAAAAUCUCUUGCCAUUUUUGUAAGCUGAGAUUCCAUAUACAUUCCAUGAAGGGGAUUUAUGACCCCUUUCGCCCUUCCAAAAGGUUAUUCCCCACAUUGCCAGAUGGUGUACAUUCGCUGUAUGUGUGUGCGUGGUUGCGUGUGUAUGUGUGUGUGUAUAUAUAUGCUUGGAUUCUGUGUAUACAUAUGAUUCCAUUUGUGUGUGCAUGUAUACGAAGUACAUACACACACGUUUUCUUGUGCCUGAAUCAGUGGCCUGGCACAUAUCCAUGUGCGUGCUUGCAUGCACAAGCCAGAUCUUGGUAAAACCCAACUCACCAUGUUUCAACCAAAUGCUGACAAGCAUCAUCCCCAUUGACUGUUAGCUCUAUGUAAGUUGAGCGCCGAGCACUGUGUGUUAGCUUCAAGGAAAGCCAUUCUUCAUACACAAUUGUCUGCAUACUUUGUGUAGGGUUUUGUGACAUAUAGAUCUCUAUUGUGCUACCUGCUAUGAUUUUUUUUAUUAAUUGUGCAAUCAAGAAAAAAGGAAGUUAUGUUAAACUAUUAAAGUUUGAAGUGUUAUCAACUUUGUAAUUUGUACAAAUACACAAAAAAAGAUUGAAAAGACAGUUUUAUCGUUUGAACUGUACAAGUGGGCGGCGGGAGAAGAAAUCUAUCUUUUGUACAACCAAAUUGUGCAUAGCUGUUUCAAAGCAAGUUGUAUGAUAGAAUGGACUGUACAUAGAAACUGCUGAGUUGUAAAUAUUUAUGCAGCUUGCUCUAAAAGGUUGGGGCUUUUUCUUCUUCUACUGAAAGUGAAGUUUUGUUCACUGUUGUUGUGUUUAUUUGUUUGGAUUGUUUAUUUGGGGGGGGCUUUUUGUCAUUGUUGUUUUUGUUUUUGCUCUACAUACCCGCGAAGCAAGUAUUGUGGGUUUGCAGUGUUAAAGCACUGCCUUCCUGUUUCAAUAAAAAAGGGGGAGGGGAGCUUGUUGCCAGCAAAA